AUGGGUCGCAAAGAUGGCAGCAAAGUUUCAGCUGAGGCGAUGGCUACAACAGACGGAGAUGUGCACGCCAUCGACGGUGACAAGUCGCUGCGAGGCAGCGAGAGCGUCCAAAGCUUGCGGACUCUGCGUGCAAGAGUCGUCAGUCGUCGCAGGAAGCAGAAAUCAGUGUUCUCAGGUUCUAAAAGUUUGCUUGCGGUGGAGAAUGGAGUGCGGCAUGUUCGGAGUGGCGAGGACGAGGUCACUGACCCGUUGCGCUCAGGGCGGGUACAAGUUUGUCGAUGA